AUGGUCGUGGUCCAGAUCAAGCUCGGCGAGCAAGACGGCUUCCUCUACGAAGCGACGUGCGCGACGCCCAACGAUAGCCUCGUGCGCGACCUCGUCCACGUGCACAACGCGCGCAUCCGCCUCGCAAACCUCAACGCGUACGUGCCCGGCCUCUUCGCGCACGGCGUGGCCAAGCACCCGCAGAACCAAGGCAUCGACUCGUUUGCGACCGAGCCCGUGCGUAAGGAAGAGUUCUACGAAGAGGACCCGCUCGGCCAGCGCACGGGCAACGGCGUGUGCCCGAGCCUGCGCGAGACGCUCGGGCGCAUGGUCGAGGACGUCAAGGCGUACCUCAAGAGCAAUUUGCGCGAGCCAGUGUUGCUACCGGCGCUCCAGGAGAAGCUCGACAACUUCCGCGGGAUCGUCAUGAUGGGCUUUCCGAUGGGCCUCCCCGAGACCUCAAUGGACCCGGCGACGGCCGAGCUCUGGUGGGCGGGCAAGCAGUUCUUCCGCGACGAUACGGUCGGCGACCGCGUCGGGAAGAACGAGAAGACCAAGCGCGAGCCGGCCGUCUCCGAGGAUGAGCGCAAAGCCAUGAUGGCGCACUACUUCAAGAAGCAAGAGGAGCUCAAGAAGCUCGCGGACGAAGAUGAGGACGACUAUCUGCACUCGUCGUGGGCGAACCCGUCGGCGCUCAAGAACCAGCUCCGUGGCACCAACAACCUCCGUCCUUUUUAA